CGAGGAGUUAGUUCGUCCAUCAGAUAUGGACCGACACCGGAAACAGCUGGAGGUGGUUUUAAACCCGGAGACGGAGCUGCGAGAAGGGCAUUGCUCAGGCUGACCCAAAGAAUUGCAGUCCUAUUUCCAUCUUGCCAUGUGUCUCGAAGAUUCUGGAUAUCUCCGGGGCACAGUCUGGCUUUCGAUCUGGGUAUGGUUGUGUUACAGCUACUACAAAGCUUUACCAUCAGAUGUCCAGAAAGUGAUUGUUGGUGAAGAACAUCAGCAGGAAUGGAGCUCCAGUCUGCACCAGGAGGACACAAAGCCCCCACACAUUAAAGAGGAACAGGAGGAACUCCGGAUCAGUCAGGAGGGAGAGCAGCUUCUGGAGCCGGAGGAGGCUGAUAUCGCCAAGUUCCCAUUCGCUCUUCUCCAUCUGAAGAGUGAAGAGGAUGAAGAGAAACCUCAUUUCUCCUUAGAUCCAGGUACACGUUUACAACCAGAUACUGAUGACAGGACUGGAGACUCGUCUGAAGCUGAGACUGAUGACAGUGCUGAUUGGAAGGAGACCAGAGAACCUCAGUCAGGUUUAAACUCUCUGAAUAACAAUGAAUACCCAGUCUGCGAUUUGAGAUGUAGUUCUGAUGCGAAAAAGUAUGCGAAAAGAUUUGGCACCAGUGGACAUCUGAAGAGCGACGUGAGAUCUCCUACAGGAAUAAAUAUAUUUAGCUGCUCAGUCUGUAACAAAGCUUUUACAGUAAAUGGAAGUUUACAAAAACACAUGAAAAUUCACAAAGGAGAAAAAUCAUUCAGCUGCUCAAUCUGUAAGAAAGCUUUUAUAGAGAGUGGGUAUUUAAAUAGACACAUGAGAAUCCACACAGGAGAGAAGGCAUUUAGUUGCUCAGUCUGUAAGAAAGCUUUUACAUUGAGUGGAAGUUUACAAAAACACAUGAGAAUCCACACAGGGGAGAAACCAUUCAUCUGCUCCGUCUGUAAGAAUGCUUUUUCAGAGAGUGGAAGCUUGCGUAGACACAUGAGAAUCCACACAGGAGAGAAACCUUUUAGCUGCUCAGUCUGUAAGAAGGCUUUUACAGUGAGUGGAAGUUUGAAGACACACAUGAGAAUCCACACAGGAGAGAAACCAUUUAGCUGCUCAGUCUGUCAGAAAGCUUUUACAUUAAGUGGAAAUUUACAAAAACACAUGAGAAUCCACACAGGAGAGAAACCAUUCAGCUGCUCGGUCUGUAAGAAAGCUUUUACACUGAGUGGAAGUCUACAUAUUCACAUGAGAACCCACACACACAGGAGAGAAAAAAUGUAGCCAUGUGGAGUGGAGAUCCAGUCUGGAAGGAGAACAGAGGACCGCAGUCAGGUUUAAACGCUCUGAAAAUAAAUGAAUUCUCUAAAAGUGAUGUGAGAUGUUAUACUCCGUCUGUUCCUUGAAAGUCCUAAGUCUCGAUUCCAAUCAUCAUCCAGCAUAUGGUGCGUGUGCCUGCUUAGAGUAAACCAGUCAUUAUCGCCGUACCUAAAACGGCUGAAGAACAAAAACCGUUAGCACCAAGCUAUCUACAAAGACUGAAGGUACCAGCUUCAUCCAGCCUCAGACCUGCCGACCUGUACGCAUUUUGCGUAGUAGAUACGCAUUUUGACAUCUAAAUGCGGAGAUACGAUUUGUCACUUUAAACUACGCGAAAAUCAGGUGACCGCUUUGAGUUCACUCGUUGAUGUGCAGUAACCGUCUCAGUCUAACACUUGAUGGUUUUGGCGGCUAAAACCUAUGGAUAAACAGCGUAGCAGCCAUGAGCAUGCUGGAAAAAAAACUAAGCGUUUAAAGUGAGCGGAGGAUGUGCGGAAUGUGUCGGUGUCUGUCGGACCUUGGCUGGCCGCUCGGCGCCUUCAGACAAAGCUCAAGCUAACCGACUAACGGCUUAUUAGCUAGCCAAACACCGAGCGGUAACAUCUGCAAAGAUUGGCUCUGUGAGCUCAUCAAUCUGCUCGGUGUGCGUCUUAUAACAAACGGCAGCCGCCGGACUGUAACACCUAUUGAUCCGUGCAGGACUUCACUGCGAGCGGACUGUUUAGAGACGAUGUGACCGGCAGGUAAAGUCAAAGGUUAUCUGCUACUGUAGCCGAGCUGCAA